AUGGCUACAAUGCGAGGCACGCGUGUGCCACUUGGCUCCGCGUCAUGGAUCGCCGAGGAGAGGACCACAGCACUCAGCAUCGUCCAAGCUGAAGCCGAGGAAUUUUCGUUUGCCGCAAGAAACGAGCUGGACUGGCUUAACGAGCAUAUGGCCGGGAUCUUCAACGAGAAUGAAAUUUUCAAAACUCCAGGAAAGCUUCGCGGCAAAACACCGCGAACAGCGCGUAAAGUCGAUAACGGCGAGCCUCGUGUGCCAUUGUCAGAUGUAUUCUCCGCAACCCCUCAAGGCGCGCCGAACGCCUUCACACAACAGCUUGCCCGAACAUCAACGCCAAAGCUCAACGUCGCGCAAACAACUUCGUCCCCCAGUCUCAGCAGAACUGCCUCACCACACAAAAUGGCUGCAUCUCCCAGGGCGGCCACUUCGAAACAAACUGUUGCCCUAGCUGAUUCUGGCUACUAUGGCAGUCAGGAUAUGGACAACAUGGAUGUUGACCUUGUCGAGGACGAGACACAGGUAACCGAGCCACGAUCUAGUCCUCCAAAGAGCACGGAACGGAGUGGUCAUGUUGCAUUCCAUACCGACGAUGAAGAGAAUACCUCUCAAAGUCCGGCUGUCACAAGGACCAUGCGCUCACCUGAGGUUACAUUCCAGACGGCAAAGGAAGACCAGACGACACGUGUAAUGAAGGAUGUAACUGUGGAAGCUCCCGCGCAGAUUCUCGAGUCACCAGCUUCCCGUAGCCCCACGAAAGAGGUCUUGGUUCCCUCAUCACCCGUCUUAUCCCCCAAGCCGCAGUCGCCAAAGCGUGUAUCACCACUCAAGGCAUCGCCCAGUAGGCGCUCCCCAGUUAAGCAGGCAUCGCCUUCGCCGUCGCUUGGAGCUGCUCCGUCUCCGCCUCCCCAACCUACGCCGGCCGCCGAAUCACAGGAAGACGUCGAUGUCCACCUUGAUGAAGAUACACGGUCACCGUCCGUAGACUCUAGCCCGAUUCGGCCAGUUAGGAAGAGCAGUCUCAACUUCGCCUCGCUGCCUGCCAGAGAGCCCUUGAAGAAUAAGAGCCUCGGACCUCGUGUAUCGAGAACAAGUCACUUGGACAACCACCGUACGAGUUACUACGGCAGAAACACAGGCGGCAAGAGUUUGGGCAACAAUGUGGAGGUUCUCGGGGCUUCAGAUGACGAGGACAACGAUGAUAUGGACAUCGAUACCGUAACCAAUACGAUUAACGAUGCCGACAGCUAUGCUUCUACACACAACAAGGCCUACACUCAGCGGUUACAAGAUCAGAUUAACAUGCUUGGUAAAUCUCAGCCGAACGCAAGCCGACCUUCAAAGUCGAUACCGAAUUCUGCAGUCGUUCAACAGAUCGUCCAGGCUCCUCCAUCGCAGCCUGAACCAGAGACGAGGGCAGCAUCACCAGUUAAGAAAUCUGUACCACCACCAACUCCUGGGGCGUUCCCACAAGACGAUGAGGAUGACGAAGAAGACUGGAUUGCACCUCCAGUACCUGCGAAAGAUGUACCCGCUUCUCCUCCGCGGCCGCAUUUGCCUAAGAGUCAUACUGCAGAUGUCAUGGAAGGCAUUGAGGCCGAUACUGUCAGUGGCUCUGAGUUUGCUCUACCUAAACAGCGACAACAACCUGGCCGAAAAGGCUCUCCGAAACGAGCGCCUGUUGUCCCUGAACGUACCACUAGCACACAUGGUCAUGGCAAGUCUGCCUCUGUGUCCGUCUUGCCUGACCUAUCAAAAGAGAAGAUGGCCGACGAUCUGGCUUUGUCCCAGAAGCACAUCUCUGUUUCCAACCCUCUGUCUGCAGUCCUAGAGGAUGGACGGCCGGAGUCCCCGAAGUCCCCAACAAGAAGCUUCCGUGAUAGUCCAUUGAAGCAGGUUAAGAACAAAUUGUCUUCUAUUCUAAAGACAUCCAAAGGUCUUCUUGCUAGUAGUGCGGCAAUUAGCGCUGAGGGCAAAUCUUUGAUGUCGCCUUCAUCCACACGACUUGGCUUCCAUUCCGAAUCAUCUACAGAUUCCAUUGUUCCGCAAUCGGUCUUUGCCGAGCCAUUGUACCCGGACUUGUCCAAGCACAAGUCGGUCGACACUCAAGGUACUGCGGCUACGGGAAGUCCCGAGCGGCCUGUUGCGCGGAGAACAAGGGCAUCUGUUGAAAAGGAAAAGGAGGACAAGCGUAAGGAGAAGGAAGCCCGGCUGAUGGCUGAUCAAAUGAGCAAGUUGGAUAGGGCUCGUGCCGAGGAACAUCGCGGCGCAGAAGGAGAGGGAGAGGGAGAGAGAGAGAGAAGGGAGAGAGAGAGAGAGAGAGAAGGGGAGAGGGAGAGAGAGAGAGAGCGGGAGAAGGAAGAGAAGGAAAAGGAGAGAGCUGCGAGAACCCCGGCACCAAAGGAGCCAUCAAAACCGACUAGGACGAGCCCGCGCAAGGUCAAGGGCCAAGUCGAGACCGAAGCUCCUGUUGCCGCUUCUCAUUCCGAGAAGGAGAAACCAGAUGUGGACAUGACCGAGGCGCCAGUCCCGGUACCACCACCUUCGGCCACUCGAUCCGCUGGCCCGAGCCAGGCAGCAAGGAACAGAGAACUCCGUCGUCCUACGAAGCCAACGAAAGAAACUGCCACAAGAACAAAGCAGCAGCCGACCGUUAUCCGUGUCAACACUACUUCCCAGCACUCCCAGUACCAUCCGUCAAACAGCCAACUGUCUUCGAACCUAGAAGGUUCAUCGGUGAAGCCUAAGUCCCAGCCGAGUUCUCACAGCAAGCAGGCAUCGGUCAAUAGUUUCAAGAGUUCCGCUGGGUCCACGGGUCGGCCGAAAGCCCUUGAACUUGCUGCUAAGCGAAAAGAACAAGAGGAGAGAGAUAUCCAGAAGAGAAAGGAUGCCAAGCUUGAGCUUGAACGCAAGCGCGCUGCUAUUCAAGAGGAAGAGCGCAAGCAAGAGUUGCAACGGCGGCAAGAGGCGGAAAGACAACGAGAAAGGGAGAGAGAGAGAGAUCAACAAGCCGAGGCGAAGAAGAGGCAGGCCGCCAUUGAGCGUGCGAAACAGACUCGAGCUCCGCCGCCUGCCGUCCGAUCUCAACCUAAUGGCCCGCCCGAUUACACAGCAAGCCAACGAAGUGACGGCCAGCCCUCUCGGCCACCCUCCCGUCUGCAAUCGACUAUCCCUCGGUCUCAAGAGGAUCGACCGGUCAAUGCAAUUCUUUCCAAUGCCUCCAAGGCUGGCUCUAAGAGGCCUCUCCCGCAAGACGGUGGCGAUGACCGCAGUUCACGCAACCCAGCUCGCCAUGGACCAUCCUACCAAACUAAGGAAGCCAAGCGUCGGCGUACUAGCGACGACUUUGCUGAUGAGCUUGACAUGGACAUUCAGCCCCCGAAUAUUAAGGGGCCUCCUGUUCGACCCCCCUCAGUCGGCUUCAAGAAGGAGAUGCCUACAAAGCCGAUGUACUCGAGUGGAUACGGCAACGUACCCCAAAGUGCAUCAAGGGAUUUGUUCAAGGGUGUUGUCACGGCCCAGCACAAUAGCACAGUCAAAGCAACCAAGCAGCUGGACAUCAAUCAGUUUGCCAAGGGAGAAAUCCCUUUUACUCCUAAUCCCAAUCCCGCUGGUCCAGCGCAUAAGACGCCGGCGCGAGCUAUGGGUGCCGCGAGUGCCAAGACAACGACGAUCAAGAAAUCGGCCACGCGAUCAUCACCUCGAUUCCAGGAUGGCGACAAGAUUGAGCUUCCUGAAAUUGACACAGACCCUGAAGAUGAAGAUGAGGAAGAAGGGUUCGUGGCAGCCUGGGCCGACUCGCCCGAUUUGCGGCGAGCUCUUAUGCGACAAGAGAAUACGGAUCCCUCAGAUAUCUUCGGUGCUCCACGUGCUUUGAACAUGGAAGAAGUGUUCAACAACAGUAAGGAGAGAUGGCACAAGUUCCGAGCGCGGACGUCUAGCGCAAACUGGAGCGGAUCAGACCGUCUGACGGAGGACGAAAUCCGAAAGGAUCUUGCGGCCCGAGACAGGCUGCGUAGAGAGGGCGGUUGGUCGUACGAAAUGAGCAAAGAUUUGGCUUGA